AUGCCGGCGGAGAGUGGGAUCCGCUCCCGGCCGCGCGUGCGGAGAGGCUGCUGCUCCAUCGGAUCCGCUGGGAAGCCGGAUAUCCGCCUGCGAGUCCGGGCCGAGUACUGCCAGCACGAGACGGCGCUGCAAGGCAACGUCUUCUCCAACAAGCAGGACCCCCUGGAGCGCCAGUUCGAGCGCUUCAACCAGGCCAACACCAUCCUCAAAUCGCGGGACCUGGGCUCCAUCAUCUGUGACAUAAAGUUCUCCGAGCUCACCUACCUCGACGCGUUCUGGCGCGACUACAUUAACGGCUCGUUGCUCGAGGCCCUCAAGGGCGUCUUCAUCACGGACUCGCUCAAGCAAGCCGUGGGCCACGAGGCCAUCAAACUGCUCGUUAACGUGGACGAGGAGGAUUACGAGGUCGGGCGCCAGAAACUCCUGAGGAACUUGAUGCUGCAAACGGCCCCCUGACGCCGCGGCCGGCGGCGCGCUGCCAUC